GAAAGCCCACUUCAUUCAUCUCUCUCUCUCUCUCUCUCUCUCUCUCUCAAUUACCGAAAACCCACUUCAUUAAUCUCUAUUUAUCAGCCUCUCUCUCUCUCUCUCUCUCUCUCUCUCUCUCUCUGUUACAAAUACCGAAAACCCACCUCAGUCAUCUAUCAAAAACAGAGCCAUAUCAGGUGGGUGUUACAAUCCACAGAAGAAGAGUCUUCUGCAGAAAGAAGAAGCUAGACUAGGAAUGGAAGAGGAGGUGCCGGCGAAUAAAAAGAAAGUGAUGGUGGCAAUAGACGAGAGCGAAUGCAGCCACUACGCUCUCGAAUGGGCGCUUGAGAAGCUCCCUGACUGCAUCUCGUCUUCAGCGCCUCUCGUUGUCUUCACCGUCCAGCCGAUUAGUAAUACCAGCUUCAUUUCAGUACCUUCCCGUGGUUCUGCUUCUCUGGAAUUGAUCAAGUCUGUACAAGAACAUCGAAAGAAGAUAUCAUUGGCUCUCUUAGAACAAGCUAAGGAGAUUUGUUCUAAACAUGGGGCAGUUGCAGAGACGAUAACAGAGGUGGGAGACCCAAAAGAAGUCAUAUGUGAAGCAGUCGAGAAGUUCAAGAUUGAUUUACUUAUCUUGGGUAACCAUGGCCGCGGCGCUCUACAAAGGGCUUUUCUUGGGAGUGUGAGCAAUUACUGCAUGCAACAUGCCAAGUGUCCUGUUCUCGUUGUGAAGAAACAGACAUAAAAGAGAGUUUGUUCCGAUUUCCAACUGGAAGAAAAUGUUGAAACAUAUCUGCAGUUUGUUAGUAUGUUGUUUGAUCGGGAUUUGAAGUGUGGUUAUGUGCAUAAAUAAGAAUCCACGACUUCAUGUAA